UUCACUAGCUAGCUUCGAGUGAAACUUGAAGAAAAACAGAUUCGUCAUUUCUUACUGUUCGGUCUGAAAGCUACCUACCUUCCUGUUCCCUGGAGAUGUCUGUCUUUGAUGAUGAUUCGUUCGUUAUACUCGGAGAUGAUGCAUCUGAGUCUGUUCCUCAGGUCUCAGCCCAAGUAGAUGAUUCGAUCGAUGAUGACGUUUUCGCGGCGCCGUCUUCAGACUACGGCGGUUACUCUAACGGAGACGACGGUCCUAUCUUGCCUCCUCCUUCGGAGAUGGAGUCUGAUGAGGGAGCUGCUCUCAGAGAAUGGAGAAGACAGAAUGCGAUUCAACUUGAGGAGAAGGAGAAGAGAGAAAAGGAGUUGAGGAACCAAAUAAUCGAGGAAGCUGAUCAGUUCAAAGAAGAGUUCCAUAAGAAGAGGGAGUUGGCUUGUGAAAACAACAAAGCAGCCAACAGAGAGAAAGAAAAGCUGUAUGUGGAGACCCAAGAGAAGUUUUACGCGGAAGCAAGCAAGAACUACUGGAAGGCAAUAGCAGAGCUAGUGCCUAAAGAGGUUCCAAUUAUAGAGAAAACAAGAAGAGGGAAGAAGAAAGAGGAAGAUCCCAAGAAGCCAACAACAAUCUCUGUGAUUGGACCAAAGCCUGGUAAGCCAACCGAUCUCUCGAGAAUGAGACAGAUAUUGCUGAAGCUCAAACAGAACCCGCCUGCUCACCUCAAACUCACUCCUCAACCUCCUCCAUCUGAGGCUGCUCCUCCAGAGAAUGUUCCUCAAACCAAGCCCGCCGAGGCUGUUGCUGCUUCUUAGGAAGCCAUCUUCGCUUUUGUUAUUCGUUUCUUAUGUGUUUGUUAUAUAUACAGCUGAGAUAUUGUAAGGGGCACAUGUGUGUUACUAUUAUUAACAGUUAUGUUAUGUUCGAUGAUACUUGAUUA